AUGUCUGGAACGGGCUUCGCAGCAGAUCCGAGAACAAAAGACGGGAAAAUGUCGAAGCUGCCAAGAUCCAGACGGAGCGUACCACAAACGCCAACUCGUAUCAUCGCCCGUAACACGUUGAAGCGCUUUCAGAAGCAAUAUUACAGACUACCAGAGGGGACACUGGAGCUGGCCAAAAUCAGCAAAGUGUUGAUGGCCAUGGAGCAGGGAAGAGUGACGGAAUUCGAAGGAAAGAGCCUCGACCAGAUACAAAUUGAGCCUGAAGGGAGAGCAGUAGAGAUCCUCUCACAAACGGACGGGCUAAAAGAAACUUCAAGCGGAGAACCUUCAACCAUUCAUCCAGAUGCACCCCAUGGUAGUGGCAGUGCCCCUUCUGAACGUUCUCAGUCCUUCACCUCCUCUCUCUCCUUCACCUCCUCUGUCUCCUUCACCUCCUCUCUCUCCUUCACCUCCUCUCUCUCCUUCACCUCCUCUCUCUCCUUCACCUCCUCUGUCUCCUUCACCUCCUCUGUCUCCUUCACCUCCUCUGUCUCCUUCACCUCCUCUCUCUCCUUCACCUCCUCUGUCUUCUUCACCUCCUCUCUCUCCUUCACCUCCUCUGUCUCCUUCACCUCCUCUCUCUCCUUCACCUCCUCUGUCUCCUUCACCUCCUCUCUCUCCUUCACCUCCUCUGUCUCCUUCACCUCCUCUCUCUUCACCUCCUCUCUCUUCACCUCCUCUCUUUCCUUGACCUCCUCUCUCUCCUUCACCUCCUCUCUCUCCUUCACCUCCUCUGUCUCCUUCACCUCCUCUCUCUCCUUCACCUUCUCUGUCUCCUUCACCUCCUCUCUCUCCUUCACCUCCUAUGUCUCCUUCACCUCCUCUCUCUCCUUCACCUCCUCUCUCUCCUUCACCUCCUCUCUCUCCUUCACCUCCUCUCUCUCCUUCACCUCCUCUCUCUCCUUCACCUUCUCUGUCUUCUUCACCUCCUCUCUCUCCUUCACCUCCUCUCUCUCCUUCACCUCCCUCUGUCUCCUUCACCUCCUCUUCUCCUUCACCUCCUCUCUCUCCUUCACCUCCUCUGUCUCCUUCACCUCCUCUGUCUCCUUCACCUCCUCUCUCUCCUUCACCUUCUCUGUCUUCUUCACCUCCUCUCUCUCCUUCACCUCCUCUCUCUCCUUCACCUCCUCUGUCUCCUUCACCUCCUCUCUCUCCUUCACCUCCUCUGUCUCCUUCACCUCCUCUGUCUCCUUCACCUCCUCUGUCUCCUUCACCUCCUCUCUCUCCUUCACCUCCUCUCUCUCCUUCACCCCCUCUCUCUCCUUCACCUCCUCUCUCUCCUUCACCUCCUCUCUCUCCUUCACCUCCUCUGUCUCCUUUACCCCCUCUUUCUCUUUCACCUCCUCUCUCUUCUUCACCUCCUCUGUCUCCUUCACCUCCUCUCUCUCCUUCACCUCCUCUGUCUUCUUCACCUCCUCUGUCUUCUUCACCUCCUCUCUCCUUCACCUCCUCUCUCUCCUUCACCUCCUCUGUCUCCUUCACCUCCUCUGUCUCCUUUACCGCCCCUUCACCUUUUUCUCCUUCACCUCCUCAUUCUCCUUCACCUCCUCAUUCUCCUUCUCCUUUACCUCCUCUCUCUCCUUUACCUCCCCUUCACCUCUUUCUGCUUCUCCUUCUCCUUUACCUCCUCUUCCUCUCUCUCUCUCUUCCACCUCCUCUUCCCUUUUUCACAUCGCUCCCUCAGACAUGUCCAAAAGUGCUUCUCACCUCCGGCGUAACCUUUAA